AUGGAUUCAUAUACACUUGGUAACAGCCGCAGCUAUCUUGAGCUUUUACAAAGACAGCAAGAGAGUUUCCACCCAGUAGGAUCAUCCGCCAUCCCACCUUUCUUUCAACCGCUUGAUGAUCCACUCACAGAAGAAGAGUCACCUGUUGAGCGCAAAGUAAGGAGAAAGUGGACUCAGCCAGAAGACGUUGUUUUAAUUAGCGCCUGGCUACACACCAGCAAAGAUCCUUUAAGGGCAAAUCAGCAGAAGGCUGGAACUUUUUGGAAACGUAUCACUGAAUUCUUUAACUCAAGCCCUACGCUUGAUGGCCUUCAACCGCGAGCUCCUACUCAUUGUAAGCAGAGGUGGCAGAAGAUGAACAAUCUUGUUUGCAAGUUUGUCGGGGCUUAUGAUGCGGCAAUGAAGCAGACAUCCAGUGGUCAAAACGACAACGACACUUUGUUCAUGGCUCACCAGAUCUUCUACAACGAUUACAAGUUCAACUUCAACCUUGAGUAUGCAUGGACGAAGCUUCGACAUGACCAGAAAUGGUUGUCUAUGUUUAUAACCGAAACUGGUGGAAGCUCAAAGAGAAGCAGGGGUGAGGCUGCACGUGAAGAAGGAGAUGCAGAUGAAGCUAGGGCUCGGCCUAUGGGAGUCAAAGCAGCAAAAGCAAAAGCUAAGAAGGGCACAAGGGAAAGUGAACCCAUUUCCGCUGAGAAAUACGAGAGCAUGUCCGCAGAUAGGAAGCAUGACUUAGCCGUGAGGGAAAGGCUGUCGAAGCAGGCAGUUCUAGAUAGUCUGCUAGCUAAAAAGGAACCACUUACUGAGAAAGAGAUUGCUCUGAAGGACAAGCUACUCGAUUUCAUGCUGUUAGAUUAG